GAUGCAGGCAGCUGAGCUCUUGAAUUCAAUUACUGCAUCACGUUAAAUGAACAGGAUUUUUCCAUACAUCUUUCCUUAAAAACAGACUUUAUCAAAAGUGAUUUUUGGAUUGAAAACGAUGGGUAGAAAAGAUGCUUCUACAGCAAGGACUCCUGUUGACCAAUACAGGAAACAAAUAGGAAAACAAGAUUAUAAGAAAACCAGGCCUAUGUUAAGAGCUACAAGAUUAAAAGCAGAGGCCAAGAAAACUGCACUAGGCGUAAAGGAAGUUGCCCUUGUCCUUGCAGCUAUACUGGUAUUUUUGUUGGCUUUCUAUGCUUUCUUUUAUCUUAACAUUUCCAAUGAAGUUGACCUUGAUCUGGAUCCAGAUGAAAACUAGCAGAUGCAAUGAAUCUAUCAUCAAGAUUUCUUCAGCUUGAACAAGACUACAUAGGAACACACAGUCCCUUCACUGUGAGACAGUAAAUGAUGCCAUUUCUUGCAGUCCAAUUUCAUAAGAAAGUUUUGCAAUACAUCAGUCACUUUUACAUUCCAGAUCUCCAAAAUAAGAGAAAACUCAUGCCUGGCAAGUGUAUUUGGUUAACACCAAAGCCAGGAGCAGCAGUACAAUACAUGAAGUUUAUUGUUUACAUUAUUUUUUUCUCAGGCAGAGAACUUUGAUGUCAAAAGACAGGUGCUAUUAUUAUCAUGGGUAUUGAUGCUGACUUCACAGGAGGAGAGUCUGCCUUGACUAAAUUUAGGAAUCAAAGCUUCCUAAUAGCCAAAUUAGGUUCCUUUUCCUUUCCCAAAAGGAAGCAGAAUACCAAAUAAAAAGUCUUUUCUUGAUUUGUAUUUAAAAUAUAUCAAACCCCCCUCAUCCUUUCUCUCCCUUUUAAUCUUUCUUGUGCAUGUGUGUACAUGCGCGCACACGAAGAUGGAAGAAAUUGUAGGAAAAAAUAUCUUUUUAGAAGCAGUCUGUCACCUCCUAUAUGGACUUAAUUUUAUGUCAUUCCAGAUUCUGUGUGCCCAUAUAUCUGCAGUAAUCUUUUUCAUUCUUUUGCCAACUGUUCAGCACACAUGUGUUCUGUCAGAAAUGGCACCUGGAUGACAGAAGCUCUAACAUUCGCAUAUGCCUCUGAAACACAGUUCUUUGCCUCCUGUGCUGUCUGAACUAGUGUAAAUAGAAAGUUCAGUCGAUGUUGGUUUUAAUUAGUGUAUUGCUCUAUUAUUAAUAUAAAGUCAAAAUCGUAUUUUAAUUAUACUCUUCCUGCUGGUUGUGGUAUCAACUUGCUCUACCUGUUAGGGGGAUGUUGAAAAAAAAAUUGCUUUCCAGUUACACAAUCAUUUUAAUCAUCAAACUAAUGUGAGAAUUUGUAAGUAUUAAGAAACCUUUUUUUCAUACAUACUGAUAAUUGAGAAAAUCUUGGAUCCACGACAUCCUUCAGUUUUUGCAAAGCACCUUUCAGAAUAUGCACUGUAGAUAACAUUUCUGAUUCCUUUGAUAACCACAAGCCACUUGAAGAAGUCAGUAUGUCAAUGCAGCUACAGGGAGCUGUAAAAUUCUGGCUUUAUUGUGUUCUGCUUCGACUUUGACAUAUAACUGACUUGGGGUUGUAAAGAUUCAGUUUUGAUCCUUUUAAAAAUGUGGUCAGUCUUUCUCUAGUUUCGAUUCACUUUGAUACCAAGGAAAGCAUACAGCCAUUCAUGCUGAAUAUGGCAGGGAAGUUAGGCAGAAUGACUUCCAGAAAAGAAUUAUCAUAAUUUUGAAAUUAUAUUAGCAGACUAGCUUGGCUUUAUCUUUGAUACCAAUUUCAGGGCUGAAUGUUAGGUUUAGUUACAGCUGAGAUGAUAUUUACUGACUUGUUCCAGAAAUGCCUGAUUAAGAUUUCUUACAGUGAUUUUGAAGACAAAGGGAUGUAAAUCAUAGCAAAUAUUAUAAUGGAAAAUAUAUUUUAAAUUGACACAGUCCUGUUAUCGCCAUUUAAGGAACUUAGAUCAAUACAGUUAAUUUUUAAACCAUACAGUAGCUAUGACCAUAUACAUUAUGAGUCUCUAAGGAUCCACUUCUUAUCUGUCAUACUCCUCAUUCACUUUAUGCAAUGCAAAACAACUCUAGAAAUUCAGAGUACAACAGUCUUCCGAGAAGAUUAUGAAAGAGAAGCAUAAACAUAUAUGUGCAAAUAUUUCUCAUUUUCUAAUUAUGACUGUUACAGACACAAAAACUUAACUUUUAUGCAUUCAUAUGAUUUAUAGUCCGCUAAUAAUUGCACACAUGAUCAAAUGCUUAGCAACAUGUUACAUUUAUGGUGAAGCAUUAUCUGACACAUGGCCCAACUUUCAGUGGAGGGAAAAAGCAUAUCACAAGCUGUCUCCUUGGAUGUGACAUGCCUUUCACUUCACCAGUGCUACACCACAUGUCACAGAGCUGCAGACCUCUCUUGUUACUUUGCAUGAGCAAUUUUUUUAUUCCAUAAAAUGCUGGAAGGAUUGCUUUCUUAAUGUCUGCACAUAGCUCUCCGGGUGAUGUCUGGUCUGAGAAUGAUGUGUAGUUAUCCCCUUCGCGCAAGUUGUCUCAUAACUUGCUUUCUGAGUCAGUUACAUGAAGAAGCAAGCUAUUCUUACUGUCAAAUUUAUGAACAUGAAGUUCCUAGAAUAGAAAGAUUGCUUUACCCAUAAUUCUGAGUCAUAGACAAAAUCUAAAGCGCAUAUAUGUGUGAUUGAAGCAUCUUCCCUGAUUUGUGACUUAUCAGUCCAUAUUGCCCACAAGUGUCAUAAUUUGCAGUUUGUCUGUUGGCUUCAUUUAGGUUAGGCCUUUUUAUCCACAUAAAAGAUGUUAUUCUCAUGUAACAAGAUAAUUUCCUUUUGCUUAGAUAAACUGGAUAGACUUCUGUUCAGUGUAUAUAGAAAUACAUGGCAAAUAUUGCAGCAAAUACAGUUUUUCUCUUAUAAGUACAAUAAUUUCUAAUGGGACUAUGUCAAUAGUUUUUUUAAAGCUAAAAGCUCCCACUUUUCAUCAUAUUCAUACUUUAUUUUAUAAAAGGCACAAGCACAACAAUAUUAGCAAUGAGGUUGGAUUCUGAGCCUACUAAUUUAUGAUUCCCCUGGGUUCACUGAUACUACAACUGAUUUACUCCAAGGGAAAAUCAGAGUCUGACCUGAAGUUAUUUCUGCUUUCUGGAAUGCUACAUUGUCUGUGCCUGAUAUUUUAAAGUAGAGACUGAUUAUAAUCUUGCAAAUUGUGGCUUAUUUUGCCUUUAAUUUUAUUUACUGAAUGCCUCUUGGUUUUUGAACCACCUACCUUUGUAUGAGUUGCUCAGUGUCUAUUUUAAUAAUAAAUGUAUUUUUACUAUUUUGGUGCUCUUAUUAAUGUUGGAUGUGUCACGCUGAAUUAUAUGUGCAUUUGAAAGGACAUUAAAGCAAUCUAAAUAGCACAGUGUUCAAAUGUGAGCAGUGAUACUCACCAGUUUUAGAAUAUCUCUAUUAUUCUAGGCAGUUCAAGCCCCUAAGCUCAUAUUAAAACUAAGCAUAGCCUAUGAAUACUUAAAAGACCAUAAAGAGAACUUCCCUUGGCAUCCUACCCAAUACCAAUAGAGCAGAUCUCUUUCUGCAGACAAUGUUGUUCAAUGUAGCUGCAUGAACUUCAGUCAGAUUGACUUUAUUUUCAAGGUAAUACUUCUAUACCCUUGUUUCAAAGAAAGAUUGCUGAUCUAACCAUUUACACAGCAGACCUAGCUUAAUGGGGCAGGUUUUUUCCAGGAUAUUCACCUCUGGGGAAAGGGUAUAUGUCAGUACUGUUGUUGCCCUCUGCUUGUGGAGUAAACUGAAUUUCUUUCCAGCAGAGGUUGUGGAGGAGAUGCCUGUACUGAGUCCUCAUGCUGUGGGUGGGAGUGGAUGUCCCAUUUGUAAGUCUCUCUGGCUAGGAAGGCACGAGAGUCUUCCAGCAGUGAUUUUGCUCAGUAAAUCUUUCCUCAGCAGUUUUAACUUUUCCCUACAAAAGCGGAACCAGCAUGCAGACCAUCUCAGGACAGAAGCCUCCGUAUAGUAGUUUUACUAGUGCUGCUGGUGAACAUUGCCAAGGAAAGGCUUUAACUCUGUUUCCUAGAGUCCAUAAAUAUAUUUUACUGGAAGCUUAGGAGGCAUGUUAAGCAUUUCCCUAAUGGACCCUAGAGAUAUAUUUAAACUUUCCUUGAAGAACGCUUUAUUUAAAGUUCACUGUUGCAUAUCAUAUAGACAUCAUGUGAUUCAGGAUCUGUCAUAGCUCCUUCCAUGCAUCAGACCAACUGUAGCAGGGACGACACUUAGAUUAUGCUGCAACACAUAACUGCAAACAUACACAACAUGAACAAACUCAUCUGUUUAGGUGUCAUCUAGAGUAGCUGACCUAACAAAUUGUGUUUGAAAACAGGCGGGUUUGAAACAACCCUACUAAAUGAAGGCACAGUAAAAGGCCUACAAAAUCGCUCAUCCCAUUUUCAUGAAAACUGCUACCAUGGAAGAGGCUUAUCUGCUGACUUAGGGCCAAGUUUUGAAUGCUGCCUUUUCAGGGAGGAAAAUGUUGCUAGCAGCUUCCGAUAGAGUGAUGAUUCAUUUUGCUCUGGUACAGGACUGUGCCUGUAAGGCACAACUGAACCAGUUGGUGAAGGUCAAAUGCAUUCAGGACAAUUCUCAGUAAAGGACUGUACUUGAAAUGCAGACUAGGCAAGUUAGACUGCCAACAAACAGGAUACUACAGAUCUUGAUCGCAUUUCAAGUUUUACUUACAGUAGCAUAAUAAUUAGUGGUGCUUAUGACUAAGAAAAUAACAAUAUGGCACAUCAAUAAGACAGCAGAAAUGUGAUGUUGGAACUGCUUCUUAAAAGAUUUUGUAGUGGAUUAUGCCUGCACUUUGGGAAAUGAAUCCAUGAGAUGAAUAAACUGGCAAAGAUUGUCUGUGAUCUUAUGCUUACAAUAUUUUUUCCUGAAAGAGCCAAUGGAGAUAUUUUGCAACACUUAUCCCCAUCAUCCUUUUAGUUUGCUGUAAUACAUUCUUUUGUAGAUGUAUUUCUACACUUUUCCAAGAGUGGAAAAAUAUUUUUUGUAGUUCAUCAAUGCAUUUAAUUGACAGAAUCCUCUACUCUUCCUUUUAUCCCCCCUUAAUCAUAACCAAAUUGGUGGGGAGACAGCCAAAAUGUUAGGUACCAGUGUCUCUCAAGCAGAUGUCACACCACUAUUUUUUAGCUAGUUUAAAUGAAUAAACAUGUUAAACUGUGAAGUAUUACAUUUUAGAUUUUUUCAUUAAAAAAAAUGGGACAAUCUGUUUACUGUCCUUAAUUGAGACAACAAUCCUGGUGGUUGCCAGUUUUGGCAGUUGUAAUGAUGAACUAUAAAUAUUGGGACAAAUCGACUAACUGGUGAUUGUGAAGGAUAGUUCAAGUAGAAGCCUCAUUCUGCAUGAAUACUUUUUUCAGUGCUAUAUUUUUUUCUAACUUCUAUAAUUGUUAUACUGGUUUUGCAUGUUAAAACCACAAAUAAAUACAUGACUAGUCAAACAAUAGGCUUGAUUCUGUU